AUUGCGCCUUUAAAACAUGCUAUUUAUUGUAGAGAUGCCACUGGAAAGUUUCCUGACUUCCCCAAUGCUGAGGAUGGGGGAUCAACAGCCAUAUUUGCACAGAAGACACCUGACCAGGUCGCUGCAGAAUUAGCAGCGAAAGAGGAAGAGAAGGAGAAGAAGAGGAAAGACAACAUAAAUAAAGAUAAGAAGGGUGGGAAGGACCGCAAGGAUCAGAAGAAAGACAAGAAGCGGAGAAGCAAACAGAAGAAAGGAGGAAAAGAAGAAGGAGAGGAGGAGGAGAAGGGCUGGAAAAUGCCCCCGAGCAACUUCCUCCCUACUGUUGUGGAGGGAAACAAAAUGUACAAAGACGUGUGGCAGGGGCGUGAUGAAACACAUAACUUCCUGCAGCGGUUUGAUGCCCAGCUGGUGCGUGAGGAGAAGAGGUUGGAGGUGGAGGAGGAGGUCAGAGUUCAGGUCGAUGAGCUGAUGAGACAGGAAGUGAAGAAUCUCAAGCUGGCUGUGGACCGAGAGAAAGGGAAGAAGAAGAAGAAGGGAAAGAAAGGUGGCAAGAAGAAAAAGAAGAAAGGAAAGAAGGGCAGUAAGAAGAAGAAGAAGAAAGAGAAGGAUCUGACUGCCGACAGAACCCUUGAGUCUCUGUAUGAAGAGCUGGUGCUGGAAGGCUUCUUGAUUAGACCCUUGAACAUCAAGCUCUCUGAGUACAUUGGUGAGUUCAGCUACCUGGGUACGACCCUGCGCCAGGCAGACAUUGAGCCCAUGCCCUCUCUGUCAGACGUCAGACAGCUCAUUGCCCUUUAUGGGAUCCUGCCUCUGGGUUCCCAGUCCGUCCAUCAGAAGGCUCCCCUGAUGAAGACUCUGCUGCUGGCUGGUCCUGGAGGCGUAGGGAAGAGGAUGCUGGUCCAUGCUCUGUGCACUGAGACCGGGGCCAACCUCUUCAACCUGUCCCCCAGAAACCUGGCUGGGAAGUACCCCGGCAGGAGCUGCCUCCAGUACCUACUGCACAUGGUCUUCAAGGUGGCUCGCCAGCUGCAGCCCUCUGUAAUAUGGAUCGGAGAUGCAGAGAAAACCUUUUAUAAGAAAGUCCCGAAGCUGGAGAAAGAGAUGGAGCCUAAGCGUCUGAAGAAGGACCUAGUAAAGGUGCUGAAGUCUGUGAAGCCUGAGGAUCGUGUUCUGGUCGUAGGGACGUCCCGGAGGCCCUUUGACGCAGACCUCAAGCCCUUCUGUAAAGUCUAUAGGAAGAUCAUCCUCAUCCCCAGACCUGACUAUGCCUCCAGACUGGUGCUGUGGAGGGAGCUGCUGUGUGGCGGCGGUGCUCGCCUCACCCCCAGCCUGGACCUGAGCUCCCUGGCCAAGGUGACAGAUGGCUACACCCAGGGCCACAUCCUGCAGGCUGUGAGGCAGGUGCUGACCCCUCGCAGGCUGGCCCAGCAGACUACCAGACCACUGACUGCUGAAGAGUUCAUCCCUCCACUGGCCAGACAGGACCCCGUCUACAAAGAGGAGGAGGAGGCCUUUAAGAUGUGGUACGGCAGGACACCUUUGGGUAAGAAGAGGGCACGGGCGGCCAAGGCCAUCGAGGAGGAGGGAGAGUCUGGCAAGGACAAAGACAAGCGGGGCACUGGGAAGAAGACAGGGAAAGAAGAGAAAAGCAAGAAGAAAAAUAAGUAAAUGUCAAAUACAAGAGAUAGACGUCGGCAACAUUUGGGGAGGUCUACAGAUAGGGACUUUCAGGGGAUGUGAUUUACAUUCCUACUUCUUAGAUAUGAUGGACGAUACAUUUACUACCAGUCUAUGACUGUAAAUAUCAUGACAACAGUAUAACGGUAACAGUCGAUCAUGUUAUGAUCAUAAUGACAAAAGUAGCUGUUUAUCUUGUAUGAGACCAGAUAUAAAGUAUGUAGAAUAAAUCAUUGUUAUCGCAGUGUAAACAUUUAAGAUGGAAAUAAGUGUUUUGAUUUGAGUCCAAAUGGAUCCCAGCAGUAUAAUUUCAUGAGAUUCUAUUUUGCCCAUUAGAAGCUAAUUAGCCUUGUUGAUGAGCGCUGAGUUGUUUAAACUGGGGGCUCUGAGCUGCAGUGGGAGGGGGGGCGUACUGAGACUCACAACCCCCCCAAAAUACACCCAGUCGCAUCCGAGCCCCGGGCUCCCCUCUCUCCCCUGUCCUGAGACAAAUCAUCAUUAACCAUCCCCAGAACCACGAGACCGUGCAACGAUGGAGUGAUUCCUCUCAAAUGUUAGCUGCUAACCGUAAUGAUGAAAAAGCACAGCAACGGUGCCUUGUAUUUCCUGUCAGUCUUCCUUUCUCUCUCUUCUUCUCUCUCUGUCUCUCACUCUCUCUCUCUCUCUCUCUCUCUCUCUCUCUCACUCUCUCCCUUUCCUCAGCCAUCGUUGGGUUUGCGUGGCUUCUGUGCCAUAAGAGUCUGUUAAUUAGCCUGUGUAAUUGUCAUUGUUGCCAGUUACAGCCAGGGGGCUUCAGGCAGAGAGACACUGUGCAAUGUAGCAGCACCUUGUCCCAGGUCGCCCUGUGUUACUGUUUACACCCAGUUAGCGCUAACAAGCCAGCCUGCCCUGCCAAGCGGCUGACCCACUUCCCAGCUCCAGCAAGCCUCUACUAGCUCCCCAAGGACCAACUACCCCCGUUCACUGGCCAUCUUUAAUCAAGUAUUAGUCAAUGGGAAACCAGAUCCCCAUUGUCCACCACAGCAUAACCCUAACCAUGCAUC